AUGUCAGACCACGCCACCGUCCACGUCUCAGGCAUCGCCUCGUCUACUUCAGACAAGGAAGUCCAAGACUUCUUCAGCUUCUGCGGCAAGAUUGUCAACAUCUCUGUCACUCCCACCUCCAGCGAAGCCAAUGCUCCCAAGUCGGCAACCGUGACAUUCGAAAAGGAUGCUGCUGCCAAAACAGCCCUUCUCCUUGACCAAACUCAGCUCGGCCCCUCCGUCGUGACAGUCAAAGCCGCGCAGUCCCUCGAGGAUAUUGCUGGCCAGCAGGGCGCCUCAGCCACUCAAGCCAAAGACGAGAACCACAACGACAUCGAGCAGGAAGAUAAGCCCCGCUCGCGCAUUCUCGCAGAAUAUCUCGCCCACGGCUACGCGAUCAGCGACCAGGCGCUCCAGAGAGCUAUCGCUCUUGACCAGAAGCACGGCUUCUCAUCUCGCUUCACGAGCGUGCUGAGCAACUUCGAUAAGAAGACGGGCGCUACUGACCGCGCUAGAGGCCUCGAUGAGAGCUACAAGCUCAGCGAUAAGGCCGUUAGCGGCUUCCGCGGUCUGCACAGCUACUUCGAGAAGGCCCUCGGCACGCCUUCCGGCCAGAAGCUGCGCGAUUUCUACUCCCAGACCGAUAAGCAGGUUCGCGAUAUCCACAACGAAGCCAGGAGACUCGCAGACCUGAAGGCCGGAAAGCCGGAGAAGACUGAAGGUGAGGGUACUGCUGCGACUGAGGCUACCGCCGCGCCUGUCCCUGCUCCUGGCGUGGAACCUCAAGCUGCCCAAGCUGCUCCGGCUACCACUGAGAAGGCGUAA